AUGACACGUGUAUUAGAUGUACGCCCGGAGCCGAUUACAGAUUGGGUAGUGGACAGUUAUAGGAGCAGCCUGCAUGACUUGAGGUUCAGCGCGUUACCGUCAGUGAAGGUAAAGUUGUUGAUAUUGUUUGACACGCGCACGAACAUUCCCACCGAAGAUGUUGGCAUUGAAGACGUUGGCACCGAAGACGUUGGCACCGCAGUGGAGGAAGUGAAACGCGAUCAGAUCAGGCAGUGGUUCGGCGAUCAUGGUCGACAUGGAGUAGAGGUCUACACGUGGACGGAGUUGAGGAGACGGCAGGACGUGGUGUUUUCGACAGGCGGCCCGUUCAGACAGACGCCACUCUUCCAACCGAACCCUGCUCUGGCUAAACUGCUGGCACUCCAGGGUGACGGCCUGCACGGUCGCACGGUACUUGAUCCGGGUAGUGGUGCUGGUCGAGACGCAAUUUUAAUCGCACGUGAGGGCGCGCGUGUUUUCUGCGUCGAUCAACGCUUCGUGCUUGCUGAUACCUGUCGGGCAAUGGCCGCCACAUUCAACAUACCCUGCCAUGUCCUCAGCCGCAACGACUUCGUGUGGGAUCCAACGGUCCAAAAGAGUGGUUCGAUUACCGAUAACGGUUCGAUUACCGAUAACGGUUCGAUUACCGAUAACGGUUCGAUUACCUAUGUGGUAGGCCUUGUAGAUGAAGAGCUACUUAAGGCAAUAGGUCCCGUGGACAUAGUGCAUGUCAGCCGCUUUUUCGUACGGGGUCUGCUCCCGGUGUUAAGGAACUUGGCUAAGACGGCAUUUGUCUACCACCAUUUCCUCCUUGGUUGCGAACGACCCGCGAAGCCCGAGCAAUGUCUUACUGACCGGUUCGAGCUUCCAAGACUCUUUAAGUCAUCAACCCAAAUUGCAGACAGGGAGUCAACGCCCGAGUGGACGAUCGUUGAAGACUCUACAAUGCUCGUCCGGGAAGUUAUGGAUCGCGAAUUGGUGGUGUUCGUCGCGCGCAAAACCCUUUGA